CUCCAGCUGUGCAGCGAACAGACAGGAACCAACAACUGAGAUAACAGCAGACUUUACAACAGUAGAAGAUACAACAGUAGAAGAUACAACAGUAGAAGAUACAACAGUAGAAGAUACAACAGUAGAAGAUACAACAGUAGAAGAUACAACAGUAGAAGAUACAGCAGUAGAAGAUACAACAGUAGAAGAUACAACAGUAGAAGAUACAACAGUAGAAGAUACAACAGUAGAAGAUACAACAGUAGAAGAUACAACAGUAGAAGAUACAACAGUAGAAGUUACAACAGUAGAAGAUACAACAGUAGAAGAUACAACAGUAGAAGUUACUUCAUUUGAGCACAGCUGUGUAAAGAUGUCAGAGGCAACCUAUAAAAACAGAGAUGGAUUGAAAGGGGAAAAAACAAAUGAGACCAUGAAUAUUGAUGAUCGUAUACCGAUCAACAAAAGACCCAGCAUGCCCCGCAAGAAGGAUGGAGCUGGUGAUCAACAUUCAGUGUCUUGUCAGUGGUGGAAGAGAUACUCUGGAGCUGCUGCAGUGUGUCUGGGGCUGCUGUGUGUUCUCCUACUGGCUGGGAUCAUAGGCCUGUUUCUCUACCAGAGAAACCAAUUGACCUGUUACAACACCCUGACUGAAGAGAGGGACCAGUUACAGACCAGCGGAAACAAUCUGACUGAAGAGAGAGACCAGCUCAAGACUAGCAACAACACGCUGACCAAAGAGAGAGACCAGCUACAGACCAGCGACAACACCCUGACCAAAGAGAGAGACCAGCUACAGACCAGUUACAACACCCUGACCAAAGAGAGAGACCAGCUACAGAAAGAGACAGAACUUCUGAAACAAUCUUUGGUUGAGAAAGUUUGUCCGGAAGGAUGGAAGAAGCUUGGUAGCAGUUGUUACUACGUCUCUACUGAGUACAAAUCCUGGGAGGAGAGCAGACAGGACUGCAGAAAAAGAGGAGCAGACCUGGUGGUCAUCAAGAGCCAAGAACAACAGACAUUAGUCAAUUGGUUAUGCGGGGUAAAGAACUAUGUCUGGAUUGGUCUGACUGACUCUGUUUCUGAGGGGACCUGGAAAUGGGUGGACGACACACCACUGACCACAAAGUAUUGGAACAGUGGAGAGCCUAAUGGUGGAGGAGCAGAAAACUGUGUGUAUUUCUACUCCUGGUCAUCAGACACAGGAGCUUGGUGGGACUAUGACUGUUCCUAUAAAUACAGAUGGAUCUGUGAGAAAUAGGAUUCAUCCUCGGUUCUCUCUGUACUGCUAAAUAAGAUUAUGCUCAGUAUUGUCAAUCGUAAACUAUUUUCUGCUUAUUCAAUUUACCUUGUCAACUACAUACAAUAUAUAACAAGACAAAUGUAGAAUACAUUAUAAUAAAAACAUAUGCAAUAACAAUACAAUGAAUUGAUAAGAGAAGGACUGUUCUGUCUGUUGUUGAGGAAAUUCACAAAAAAUCAAAGGAAAUGAAUUAAUUAUCACAGUCAUGGAGUUUAUUGAUGUUCAUUUUUAUUUGAAUUACUUUUUACUUUAGUCUACUUGCUAAAUAUUUGCUAAAUACUUGCUUAACUCUUCUUGCACUGCACUGUUGGUUAAGGGCUUGUAAGUCAUCAUUUCACUGUAAAGUCUACACUUGUUGUAUUCUGCGCUUGUGACAAAUAAAGUUUGAUUUGAUUUGAGACCCUUUA